UGAUUGGCUGACGUAAAUCACAUGUAAUACUUCCGCCAUAUUGUCGAGACAGAGAAGUUGAGCACUUCGUCUUAUAGGUUAACUGAUCGUGGUGCUGAGGGCGAUCUGAGCCUCCAUGGACGAGAGACGAUCGUCUGGCAGGGCAAAACGUCAAAAGCCCAUAGAUGAAGGAUCAUGGGAUUGCAGCGUGUGCACCUUUCAGAACCCCGCAGAGGCGUACAAGUGUGAAAUGUGUGAUGUGAGGAAGGGGACAUCAACAAGAAAACCCAGACUGAGUGCUCAGAUUGCUGCGCAGCAAGUCGCACAGCAAUACGUGCCCCCUCCACCUCCCCCUCCCUCAAAGAAGGAGCGGAUCCAUUAUAAAUCAGAGGAGUUCGUGAAUGAUUCCUCCUCCAACGAUAGCUGUGAUGUUAAAACUGUUAGGAAUACAAACUCUCCAAGUGUGGAAUCCCACUCUAAUAAUACCAGUAAUAAUUUCAUUAUCAAAAAGGAGAAGAAUUUCUCUCAUUCCACAAAGAAAACGCAAAGGUCGACUCCCAAAAUUGACAGAAGCAGUGCCGAGACUAUAUCUGUGACUGUUGGAAGCGUCACUGUUGCCAUUACUGACUACAAACCGAAGCUGGAGAAGAAAACGUCAUCUUCUUCAGCUGAUAUUCUUCAGAAUGUGACAUCAGACAGCAGUAACUGUUCCGUGCUUAGCGGCAUUAAUCGUCACCCCGAGGACUUUGUUGGAAACGGGAGUAAUCAUUGACACAGACUUUAACUUGUUUUUUUCAUGUCAUGUUGAUUUAUUCAAGAUAUACCCAAAUCCAACACAUGCGCACAUAUCAUAUAAAGGCACCAGGUGUUCAGGUGCUAAGAUUAGUUUUUUUUGUUUCAUCAUAAAUGCUACAUUGAGGAGUCUGUCGCCUUCGUUUGCCAACAUUGACGUAUUCCUGUCAAGAAUUAUAUUAUCUCAGCGUUUUUGUGAAUGGGUGACAAUGACUAUUCGUUAUCAAUUAAAAUCUAUGAUAAUGUUGUGGUGAGAACGUUUUAUAAUAGGUUUUUUCUGUAUGUCUUGUUUAUGCUUGUGUUUGAAACUUGGAAUCAAAGUGUAUAUUAAAGGAUGGGUUAUUUAUUUCUUUGCUAUUUGUGCAGAGCAUAAAUUAAUGUGCCAUUGCUCCUUACUGCCAAGCAUUUCUUUCUUUUCCUUUGGAUGAACAAUGUCUAUUGACCUGCAAUCAAAGUUUUAUGUUAAAAAAAUAUUAAUCAAGUUUUAAAAAGAAAAUGGCAAAAAAGAAAUAAAGAAUGAUUUAUUUGACAUUAUACUAUUUAUUAUAUAUAGAAUAUUAUAUUCUAUAAGAGAAUUCACUCACACUAAGUAAAAUUAACCAAUAACUUUUCUGUUUCCAAGGAUUUUGAAGUAUUUUGUUCAAAGAGUUGUAAAAUGUAUGACUGUGUGUCAGUGAAAGCUUUAAAUAUGCAUUUUAUUUAUAAAUAUAUAAAUAAAUAUAUAAAUAAAACGUGCAUUUGAAUCACUGUACUUUACCUAGUUUGAAACAGUUCAUGGAACUAAUGCUUUUUGGUUGUCUUUUCACUGGUUGAUUUAAUUGUAUUUCUUUUCUAGCUUUGUUGACUGAGUGAGUGCAUAGAAAAUGAGAGUAUUCAAUGUGAAUGAGACCAUUAGAUGUAGAGUCUGCCAUACUCAAUUUUGUUCUCGAAGGAUAUAUACCUAUAUAAAGAAUGAAUGAACAUUUGUUGUGUCUUGUUUUAUGAUUGAAUAUACUAUUACUAGUAUACUAGUAUUAUCAAUUUUUUUUAUACAUGUAAGUUUAAGGAUAUGUCAUGAUUUUCGGGGCUUUAUGUAUAUUAGCCAAGGAGAAAAAUUGUUAAAUCCAGUAAAUAAAAGUCUUUAUAAUUUA